AAUAUUCAGUAAGCUUAUAUCGCAAUAGCAGUUCAUUAAUUCUAUAGACUCUAAAAAAAUUGUAUUAACUGUAUAAUAAUUAAUAACUAAAAAUACUGUUUAAUAUUCACUAUGAUCAAAGCAACUAUAUGCUUAGGACUUUUAAUUUCCUAUUAUUCUGUAAAUUCAGAGAUAAUUAGCAAAGGUCUUAAUAGUACAUACGUUCCGGAUUGGUGGCAAACAAGUAUCAUUUAUCAAGUGUACGUGAGAUCAUUCAAAGACAGUAAUGGAGAUGGGAUUGGCGAUUUAAUUGGAUUGACACAAAAAACAGACUACUUUAAAAAUUUAGGAGUUGGUGCUAUUUGGCUAUCUCCAAUAUUCCAAUCUCCGCAACUAGAUUUUGGUUAUGAUAUAUCAAACUACAAAGAGAUCGAUAAAUCUUACGGCUCACUGGCGGACUUUGAUCGUUUACUGAUCGAGUUCCAUAAAGCUGGGAUAAAAGUAAUUUUGGAUUUCGUACCAAAUCACACGAGCGAUGAACACGAAUGGUUCAUUAAAUCAGUCAAGAAAAUCGCGCCAUUCACAGAUUUUUAUGUUUGGAAAGACCCUGUAAUCAAAGACGGUGAGAGGCACCCUCCUAACAAUUGGUUAUCAGUAUUCAAUAGUGGCUCAGCCUGGGAAUGGAACGAGGAACGUCAACAAUACUAUCUCCAUCAAUUCCUUGUAAAACAACCAGAUUUGAACUAUAGGUGUCCAACGGUCGUGGAAGAUAUAAAGAAUACAUUGUCGUUCUGGCUUGGUCGCGGUGUAGAUGGAUUCCGAUUCGAUGCCACUAACUAUUUAUUCGAAAGAGAAGACUUGCUCGAUGAACCAAAGUCCGGCAAACCGGAUUACGAAGACACUGAUUACGAUUCGCUGAAUCACAUUCAUACGCUCGAUCAACCAGAAACAUACGAUAUGGUCCGUGUCUGGCGAGAGUAUUUGGAAAAAUAUGCUGAAAUUAAACAAGAACCGUUCACUAAGUUCAUCAUGGUGGAAUGUUACUCGCCAUUUGACAAAACUAUGAUGUACUACGGUACUCCAUCUGCACCGGCCGCGCACUUCCCGUUUAACUUCCAAUUUAUUGGGAAGUUUAACCAUCAGUCCAACGCGCACGACUUAAGAGAUGUGGUCGUAUCUUGGAUACGCAACAUGCCCGAAGGCAUGUGGCCAAACUGGGUGCUAGGAAAUCACGAUAACAGUAGAAUAGCGUCGAGACUAGAUCCAAUGCUUGUGGACGGACUUCAUAUGAUACAACUGCUUUUGCCAGGUACCGCGGUCACGUACUAUGCCGACGAACUUGGCGUAGAAGACACUUACGUUCGAUGGGAUCAAACAAUUGAUACUGCUGGAUUAAACGUUGGGCCCAGACGUUAUGAGAAAUUUAGUAGAGAUCCAGCAAGGAGUCCAUUUCCCUGGGACGAUUCCAUAAAUGCAGGCUUUUCUAAUGGAUCAAAAGUUUGGCUACCCAUUAAUCCCAGAUACUGGCGAGAUAAUAUGAUGGCACAAACUAAAUUUAAGAGUCAUUUAAAGACAUACAAGCAGCUUGCUCGGUUAAGACAGAGCCCUACGUUUGUUCGAGGAGAUUUACAUGUGUAUGCGUUCUCAAAAUGGGUGUUCGGCUUUUCAAGGAGUUAUUAUGAUCAUCCAACGUACUUUGUCAUUAUUAAUCUUGGUAGUGAAAUGGAAACUAUAAAUUUACUGAACGCUAGAAACACGUUGCCGGACAUUUUGAAAGUCAAAAUAUCAAGUAUUAACUCUGGUUACGUCACAGGAAAUCUAUUACACUCUGAAUACAUCACGAUGAGACCUAAAACAGCACUCGUACUAACUACAUCUCGAAUUAACGAAGAUAAUUAUUGAUUAACAGGACAAAAUUAGAUUUAAUUAGGAUAACUGUACACAUUAUUGUUUUAAGUCACACAUGUUUUUAAUACAUUUAAGCCUUUUAUAA